AUGCUCAGCGGGUUCUACGCCUUGCAGACAAGAUUGCCGGAUAAUCGCACGGUGACACAUCGUUGUAUGGGAAGGUACAACGUCGAGGAUUACAGGUUGUGGCGGGAAGAGGAACUCAGUCGAGCGCCAUGGGGUCGCAAGAAGGAGGAGAUGCCACCAGCGUACGAGGCCUCGUCAUCGUCCUCAUCGGGACCUCCAGGGUACGAUGAUCAUAAGACAACUUCUACCAAGAACUAG